AUGCAAGCAAAAAAAGUUAAAGACGUUUCGUCUCUUAUUGAUAUAAAUCAACGAAAUCUUCGAGUAAUUCAAGUUCAAGAACAUAGACUUUUCCUGUCAAGAAUAAUUGAAGGAAUUAUUUAUAUUUGCAGACAAGGUAUUGCUUAUAGACCUCAUAGAGGAGAACAAGCAUACACACUAGAUAAUAGAAGUAUGAACCAUGGAAACUUUUUGGAGUUAUUGAUGUGUUGGUCUAAAUUUGACGCAAUUCUUGAAAAAUAUCUAAAUAUUGCGAUUGAAAAAAGUAUAAACCGUACAACUUUAAGUGGAGGACGUGGACGUGGAUCACUUGUUACAUUUCUUUCAAAAACUACGAUCAAUAAAAUAAUCAAUUUAAUUUCACAGUGGAUACAAGAGGAAAUUGGAAAAGAAGUAAAAAAAGCAAAAUUUUUUGGUUUACUCAUAGAUUCCACCCAGGAUGUAAGUGUAACCGAUCAAUUGGCUGUAUGUGUCCGUUAUGUGAUUCAAACUGAAGUAAAAGAACGGUUAAUUAAAUUUUUACCAGUAGAAUCAUCAAAGGCAAUCGAUUUAUAUAACUUAAUUAAAAAUGUUUUAGAAGAUAUUGGGUUAUCUCUGUCUAAUAUUGUAAGUCAGGCGUACGAUAGCGCCGCGAAUUUAAGUGGUAUUCACAAUGGUUUACAAGCUCUCAUUAAAAAAGAUGCACCUCAAUCUAUUCACACACAUUGCUUUAGUCAUCUUUUAAAUCUUACACUUACACAAGCUUCUGAUUCGUGUUCAGAAGCUAUAAAUCUUUUUGGAUUACUGGAUCGUUUGGCUAUAUUUUUUAGUCAAUCAUAUAAAAGAAUGGGAAUGUGGAAACAAAAUGUUAUUAAAAAUUCUGUUGGAAGUGAAAAAAUGUUACGCCUUCAAAAAAUAGGACAAACUAGGUGGUGGAGCAGAGAUGUUGCUUUAAAUAACGUAUUUGAUCCAUUAUUCACACCAACUAAAGAAAAACAUAGAUUUAUAACAGUAAUCAAAGCAUUACUAUCUAUUACAAAUGGUAAAGAUUUUGAUCUUGGUGCAAAAUCAGAAGCUCUGAAUAUUAUAAACAACAUACUGAAGUUUGAAACUAUACUAACAGCAACUACUGAAUUUAUUGAACAUUUACAAACAAUUUUGGAAAAAAUGGAUGGAACAGAUAACAUAUUUUGGUCAAGUACUUUUAUGAAAAAAAGAACGCGUUUUAAAAAGAAAAUGUCCGGUGAACUGACAGCAGACGAAAGACUAGUUGAUGAAAAGAAAUUGUUUGAAGUUGAAGUUUAUAAAGUUGUUUAUAACAAUGCACUCGUUAAAUUAAGCAAUAGGUAUAUGAUCAACGAGGAUCUAAUUCAAGAUGCUGCAUUUUUUGAUCCAAGAACAUUUUCAAAAUUAAAAACUCCCGGAUUCAUGUUUCCAGAAGGAUCAUUGUCCAAAAUCGCAUCCAUGGCCAAGGUCGACGUUUUAGAUAUUCAACGUCAGUUGAUAGAAUUUGCUCAAAAUUACGAGGCCAUAGCAAAUAUAGAUGCUAGUAUUUUGUAUCAAGAUUGUCACGAUCAAUUUUUCGAAGAAGAAAAUGAAAACCACACAGAUACGGAAGAUGAUUUAAAAUGUGCAUUAUCCGAAAAAAAUCGUUGUAAAUCGUGUAUUUCAUGUGCAUUCCUCUAUGUAUACACAUUAGUGACUCAUACAUCAAAUUACAAUGAUUUAUAUACGGUAUAUAAGGUAAUUUUAAGUAUAGCUUUUACUCAAGUAAGUUGUGAAAGGAGUUUUUCAAUACUUAAAACUAUAAAAACUAGACUUAGGUCAACUCUAUCUAACGACAAAUUAGAAGCAUUCAUGUUUAUGAAUCUUGAACGUGGCAUGGUUGUACCUCAUGAUACUAUAAUCGAUCGAUUAGGUGCCACUUCCAUGGAAAUGAAAAGGAUGCUUAUUGGGUAA